UUUGAUUUCGGGUCUUUAUAGUGUCGCGACGGAUGGAUGAUGGAUGCCUUGAUGAGCAAUGGUCAAAAGAAGGGAAAAGCAGUUAAGAGUUCGGGGGGUACUUACAUAACGAAAUGUGCGGAUCUCCGUGCUAUGCUUGGGAAAACAAACACGCUGCAGGCAAGCGUAGUACUCACAGUGACCGGUCUGAGGAUAAUUGCAGGACUUCUUACACUGCUCAUUAGGUGGCGCAAGCGCAAACAGAUGAUGCAGAUUAUGGCAGGUGUUUUUCGUCUUUCGCCGCUGGAUAGUCCAUACAAAAAACCAUAUCGCUGGUGGCUUCUCUUAAAAAUCUUUACCGCCUCUGUGGUUUUCCUUCUCCAUGUUGCCCAGACCGUACAAAUAAUCGAUUCCCAAAACAUCCAGCUAAAUCUCCGGCUAUUCAUGAUGUCUUGGACCUUUUUCAUUACAAAUCUAGCCGUGUUGCAAUAUUUUUUGAUACUGCUAUUCUUUCGAACGAAAUACCAGAUUAUAAACGAAAAGCUGAAAAAAGUAGUCAGAGAAACUGGUCCUUCUUUUACUAUCUGA